UGAUCCUCCUUUAUUUGGCACUGGGACACAGCCAGCACGCCGCCGCGGUGCUGGGAGCAGUGUGGGAGACCACAGCGUCACCCCAGUGCGGCAAGAGCCCCUUGUCCUCAUGCUGGGCUGCCCGGGGGCCACGGCGUGGCUUGGUCCCCUCCCUGGUGCUGCCCCAACGGGACGCGGUGCUCGGGGCAGCUCUCGCUGGCGCUCGCCCAGCAGCGGCGCUUGUCAACGCCCGGCUGUGGCUUCCCUCCGCCCGUCCCACUGCGUUCCUCCCUGCCGACGUGUUUUUCCCUCCUGCUUGAAGCAGGCUUGGGAUGAUCACGGCACGGCAAUGGCAGGCAGCGCUGUGCCCUGGCACAGCUACCUCGGGGUGAUUGUGUCCCGCGAGACGCAGUGGCUGGAGCAUUUCCAGCGAGCUGAGGACAUCCUGCUGACACUGCUGGAGGACGUCCACACCAGGGAGCCUCGCUUCCUCGUGGACUAUGCCAGGAAUCUGGAAGCCUUUGAGUUUGCUCUCUGUGCCUCUGAGGACUCCGUCACGGUGGAGGUGCCACUACGGAUCGACGGUGACGUCCUGCAGGUGCUGCCGUGCCUGCCCAGGGACACCCCAGGUGGGCGCUCCCCAGGGAUGGGGACCUGCCACCUGCAAGUGCCCUCUCCAGCGACCGACUUGGAGGACUGGACAAGUGUCGUGGGGGUGAUGGAGCAGGGGGGUGGUGCGAGGUGCCUGGCUCCAGGCAAAAUCCUCCAGCACCUGAAAGAACUCCUGAUUUCAGCCAUCGUGCACUGCCGGCGCUCCUUCCUGCUUCAUCCAGGUGACCUCAGCGCUGAAAACCUGCAGGAAGAUGCCAUGGAGCUCUCGCUGCUGAUCCGUGGUGGUUGGAAGACUGUCCGCUUUGACAUCGUCCCUGUGGUGAGGCGGUACCAGGAGCCACUCCGGCUCGAGGGGCGUCAGUGCGAGAGGGUUUUUCCCGAAGGCAGUCUCCGGAAGGCCACGGAAGAGGCUCACUUCGUCCCUGCCUCUCCCCACUGCUGGAGAUCCUCCACUCACAUCCCCAUCCUGAAGCUGCUCCAGGCAGUGGACACUCUGAAAGGACCUCGCCUGGACAGCCUUCGCCUGCUUGAGCAGCUCCGCAGCCAGGACUGGGGAGAGGAGGGUAGGAAAGGUGGUCUCACCUUCAACCACCUGAAGAUGGUGCUGCUGUGGAGCACAGAGCUCUUCCCCUCCCCAGAGGACUGGCAGGAUCUGGAGGGAUCUGUCUACCGGCUCCUGGUGAUCCUCCUGCGCUGCCUGGCCACGCAUCGCCUGCCCCACUUCCUGCACCCAGAGGAGAAUCUCUUCCACGGAGACUCCUCAGAGCUUGCCUCCCUCUACUGUAAGGUGGAGAGCUUCGCCUGGAACCCCCGGCACUUCCUCUACUUCCAUUUUGGCCCCCCAGUACGCCCCGGUGGCUCGCAGGGAGAGCCCGGCACCCGAGCCCUGCUGCAGCUCCCUGCUGAGGACACGUCCUACUGGGACACAGCCUACUUUGACAUCCUGCUCAGCCAGUUCCAGGUGUACCAGAUCCAGGACAACACGCGCCGCUCAGCCAUGUCCCAGCUCCUUUCCAAGAUCCGGCAAGAAAUCCCGCAGCAGAGCUGAGUGGGGCCCCCAACGGGUGUCUCAAAACUCGAGGAGGUGCAAAGCGAGCUGCACGGCCAGGGAGCAGCACGCUGGGAUGUCGCUUUAUUGAGGGCAGGUGGAACCGGGGGGGUGGGCACUCAUCUGGUGCGGUGGGGUGGGGAUGCGCAGCCUCUCAGCACAGCCCAGGUGAGCAUUUCAUUACGGGACGCUUAAUGUGGGGGGAACGGUUGGUGUCCUGGGCUCUGCUGCAGGGACUGCGAGGGGGUGGGUGGGAGGCGAGGGGACCUGGGCUCAGAUCCUGCAUCGAGCCCUUGUGUCAGCUUGAAGAGAGUCUGCCAUGCCCUGGCACCGGAGGAAAGGGAGAAUCUGGGGGGCCAGGCUGUCAGGGUGAGGAGUGACCCUGUAUGGGGGACUGGGAGAAGGGGUUGUGAGCCACAUCACACCUCUG